CGUCAGUUUGCGUCUGUCUAGGGUCGCGACAUCUUCACCUCCACGUUCCGUAGAUCGCGCCAUCCGCUCUCGCGCAUCUACGCGAAAAUCAACGACGACGACGACAUCGAGAAACAAUCGUAUCUCUCAAGAUCAAGAUUAACAGACUCACGUGCUCGAUCUCCGCAAACGUCUCGCGCGCGGAUCUUGCCUCGCGCCUCGAGAAUCUUAAAGUGAACGAGCUUGACAUUUAAAGGACCUUUGGUUAUCCCAUCAUGACUCCGAAGAAUUCUGUUUGAAUAGUCCUGAAUGCAGUAAAACUAACAUAAGUGGAAUUAUUGAAGACCAGUAAGAUUUUGAAGUUGAUCGAUCUGCAACCAGAUAUUUUUGAGAAGUCGGUGAAUUCAAUUCAACGACUCGGGAAACAGAGUUAGAUGGAUCUGUUUUGAUAUCCGACAGAAUUAUUUUCUCUCUACUGCGAUAUUUUUGAAUCGAGAUUUACGGCUAAGGAUCGAUCUUGAGACGGAGUGCGUGGAUCGUGCAUGUCCGAAGUCGGCGAUUCGCAGAUUACGGCGAUGAAGAUGAGCAAAGUGGGCAACCAAACCAAUUCGCAGGACCCACAGGCGGUGAAUUCACGCGUUUUCGUCGGAAAUCUGAAUACAUUUCAGUGUAGCAAAACCGAUGUGGAGCGAAUGUUUCAGCGCUACGGCCGUUUGGCUGGUAUUUCUAUGCACAAGGGUUACGCAUUUGUGCAGUUUACAAAUCCGUUUGAUGCACGCAGUGCGUGCCUCGGUGAGGAUGGUCGCACCGUCCUCAGCCAGAUUCUCGAUGUAAACAUGGUGGCCGAGCCAAAGCCUCACCAAACUGGACGCAAGCGGCAGAAUGUCUCCAAAACUGGCAAUGACUGGGACUACUACUAUGACAGUUAUUAUGCGUCUACCGCGUUUCCACCGCGUUUGGCACCACCGUUGAAACGGCCACGUUUGAUGCCACCGACACGAGCACAGCAUCCGAAGCUACAGAAACAACAAUUGACGGCAAACACUGGCACAAUACCCGACUUGAAUCAAUUGAAAGUGUAUAGCAAUCCAGAUAUACUGAUCUGCGGCAACUGCAGGGAGAUGUUCACGGAACUCGGGGAGCUGUUGGAGCACAAGCGGAACUACUGCAAGCUGCGGUUCACAUGUAAAUGUCACACCUUCAACGGAGCCGCCCCAAGAGAUUCAACGACGGCGUUGCUCUGCGUCCUCUGCAAGUUAUCUUUUCCAAGUGCUUGGGAAUUGAUGGUUCAUGCCCAGGCAGCCCACAUGAUCAACAUUUACGAGCUGGGCACAAGAGCACCGAGCCCGUCGCGGAGUCCUAGUCUUGACCAACCGAAGGAGUCGUCGCCUUCCCCCCAGGAUUUCCAGGAAAUCAAGGCUACGGAUUGCGAAGAACGCGCGGAGGAGGAGGAACUUGAUGGACAUGAGUUAAUACCGUCCCCAGACAGUGGCAAGUCAACGGACAACGAAGCGGCUCUGUCGCCAAUCAAGAUUCGAUCUGACGUAAACGGGUUGGAUCAUGAGGACUGUGACGAAUUGAUCCAGGUCGAGAAUACCACGCAGGCAUGCAUCAUGCAUACUUUAAGCAUUGACUCUUCUUUGGAACUGAAUUCUGAUACGAGCUCGAGAACAACUUCUGGAACGGUAAUGGCCUUGACCAAUGGUUCAUUAUCGGCAAAAGAAUAAACGAAAAAUAACAAUAAUUAAAAGAGAAGAUUCAAAGAAUAUUCGGAACGGUCUUCCCCGGCCAACCAACGAGACAUAUCGAUCUCCUUUAAGGAUUACGCACCUGUUUGUAUAUAGCUUAAUUGCCUAAUAAAUUAUUCAGGAUCGCUAGAUCCCGUGGUCUAUGCCGGCUGAUCGAAUAUCGAUCAUUUUCCCAAGAAAAAAAAAUCAGUUUUAUUCUGGACUUUUUCGUAUUAUUUGUAAUUUUGUUUCAAAAUUUCAUUAAG